CUGGCUGGCAUCAAUGCUGAUUUGGGGGACUCAGUGUACCAGGGUGCGUUGAAGGCGCUCGCUGGUGGCGACGCUUUACCUGCCCUGGAACUGCCGCCUGCUCCGCUACCAGCACCUUCGGUAGCCCUCGGCAUUGCCGGCGCCGCGGCAGCUGCAGAGUUCGACGCAGAGAUCGUCGGCGCCGCGCAGGGGGGCAUGGACAUCGACGGCUUCGAG